AUGUCGGCGUCGACAUCCAAGACGAACUCCAGAGCCGGCUCUAGCGAUACGAUCAAGCUGGCCAAAGCUGCUGAUGCAGCUGGAGAUGAUGGCCUGAACACACCUCCACCCCGCACAUCUUCUCCUGCGGCUGCUGCCAAUGGAGCCAGAUCGAACGCGGAACAGAGUGCUGGCAGGUCUCGACCCAGAGCUUCGAAAGAGCAAACUGUCGACCCAAAGGAGGAGGAAGCUCGACGCAAAAAGCUCAACUUUUUGCUUCAAAAGAGCGGCGUGUACUCCAAAAUUAUGCAGCAAAAGAUGGACAAGGAGAGGGAAAAGCGUUUGGCAGCUGAAAAGAAGAAGAGGAGCGAAGCGUCUUCGAGCAAAGAUGUGGCAAAGUCCGACGCUGACUCUAGCGAGAACGCGAAGCGCGGGGAAGCUGGACCCAAUGGAGCGAGCGAUGCGCGCAGAACCACCCGAGGCGGCGAUCAACACAAAGCGGCGCCUCUGCCAAAGAGAACCAGGCACGAUGCUCCACGUAAGAAAGAAGGCUAUGAGCUGUCCAACUACAUUGAUGAGGAUGUGGUAAAGGCGGCAGCAGCUGCCAAGACGGACGCGGACGACGCGAAAGCGUCAAAGAAGCGCAAGACGGAGAAUGGUAAUGGUGUGGCGGUCAAGUCUGAGGGAGAGGCGCAAACAGAAUCUGCUCAGCAGGAAGAUGAGGAUGAAGAGGAUGUCAAGGGCAGACAACCUGCUCUGAUCACUGGUGCUACGAUGAGAAAGUACCAGCUUGCAGGUCUGGAGUGGAUGGUCAGCCUGUACGAAAACGGCCUGAAUGGCAUCUUGGCGGACGAAAUGGGCCUGGGAAAGACUUUGCAAACCAUCUCGUUCUUUGCCUAUCUCAAAUCCAAAAACGUUUGGGGACCUUUUCUCGUCGUUGCUCCCAAGUCCACCACGCUCAAUUGGCUCAGGGAGAUCCAAAAGUUCUCGCCGAGCAUUCCGGGUUUGUGCUACAUGGGUAGCAAGGAGGAGAGACGGGUGCUUCGAUCUCAACAUCUCAGAAAGCCAGGCACGGUCCAGGAAAAGAGCAGAUUUCCAGUCGUCAUUACGAGCUACGAAGCCGCUAUCGCUGAUCGAGUCGCAUUGGCACAACAUGAUUGGAAGUUCCUCGUUGUGGAUGAGGGUCACCGCAUAAAGAACAUGGAGUCAAAACUCAUCACCGAGCUCAAAAAGUACAGGACUGCCAACAGACUGCUGCUGACAGGCACUCCUCUUCACAACAAUCUCCGAGAGCUAUGGUCAUUGCUCAACUUUAUCCUUCCAGACAUCUUUGAUGAUCUGGCGACGUUCGAAUCUUGGUUUGACUUUGACGGAUUGCACGACGGAGAGUCGUCGGCCUUUCUCACGCAAGAUUACCGCAAGAAUGUGGUGGAACAGCUGCACGCCAUCUUGAAGCCCUUUUUGCUCAGACGCACAAAGGAUGACGUCGAGAAUUUGCCGCCAAAGAAGGAGUACCUGUUGUAUGCGCCACUCACUGCUGAGCAGAAACAGCUGUACGAUGCCGUCACUGAUAGGACCAUCAGAAGGGUACUUUUGGAAAGAAAGACGGGAAUGUCGUGGGACGAAAUCGUCAAGGUCAGACCUGAUUGCAGAAAAUGGGCCAGCUUGGGCAAGGAUGGCAAGAGCAUUCAAGGGCCCCUGUACGGCAAUCCCGAGGAUGGGUAUGCUGUUCGCUCCGAGUCCUUGUCCGAGGAUGAAGUGGAGGAGACCACAGCCGUGGGCAAACGAGCGCAGAGAGAGCAAGGCUCGGGAGAUAGAAAGGGAAGAGCUAGACGAGCGAAAAAGAACAUUACGUAUGAUGAGCAUCGGUUGUCGGAUGAUGCUUGGGCCGACAAGAUCGAGGCAGAGUCCAGCGACGAGGAGGAGGUCGACCCUAUCGUCGAUCCGGACGAUGUUGCGCACCAAGGCAAGCUGCACGCGAUCCAAGAAGCUCGUCGCGUCAUCAACGAUAUGAAAAUGUCCAAUACUGCCAUGCUUCUCCGACAAAUUUGCUGUCAUCCGUACGAAGUUGAUUGGCCAAAGGACGAGAAUGGACACGAAAUCAUCAGCGAUGGUCUGAUCAACGCGUCUGGUAAGAUGCUCAUGCUCAACCGUCUCCUCGAAAGGCUGUUCAAGGGAGGCCACAAGGUGUUGAUCUUCAGCCAGUUCACCAAGAUCCUUGAUAUCAUCGAAGACUGGGCUCAGGAGGAUAAAAACUGGAACACUUUCCGCAUUGACGGGAAUACUUCCUUGCAAGAUCGCGAAGAUCAGAUGAACGCCUUUAACAAUGAAAAGGGACCCGACGCUGUCAAUCUGUUCCUUCUUAGCACGCGCGCCGGUGGACUUGGCAUCAAUCUCAUCGCCGCUGAUACGGUCAUCUUCUACGAUAGCGAUUGGAACCCGCAAGCGGACUUGCAAGCUCAGGAUAGAGCCCACCGUAUUGGUCAGACAAAGCCUGUGCUGGUUCUCCGACUUGUCGCCGCCAACACGUUCGAGCAGCGCAUUCUGCGUCGUGCCACUGCCAAGCGUCAAUUGGAAAAGAUGGUGAUGGCAGAGGAUCAAUUCCGGGGCAUUUCGCUAGACGCAAUGAAGUCGAUCCGAUCCGGUCGACAGAAUCAAAAGUACACCAUCUCGGACGUGUUUAUGAGGUUGGAACCGGAAAAGGUUCAGCUGGCUGGGAAGGGCGAUCAGAUCAUCAGCGAUGCGAAUCUGGAAAUGUUGCUGGAUAGGAGUCCGGAAGCUUUCAAGAGGAAGAGCGGAUGGGUCACCAGUAGGCAGGGCAAGACGCUAGCGGGCGGAGCUCAGAAUGAGGACGAUGAGGCGCAGAUGGCGUUUGAGGUGACCGAGACGGACGCAAAGCAGGAUGAAAGUGAAGAUCGCGAGCUCAAGCAGCUGUACGGAGACACUUCGAAGGGCGGAUACGAUUAA